AUGGCUAAAAAUUUUAUACGACCGACGACACGGCAUUCGCUUGCGGCAUUUUUCCUGUACUAUUUCUUUGUUGGUCUGAGGGUUUUUGCCGAAUCAAAUGCCGAUAAAAGUCAACAUGAAAGUAAGUAUGGUGUUCACUAUAUAAUUUGCGAAGUAACAGUGUUGUUUUGGGGUUUAUUUAGUCGCCGUGGCUAUUCGUACUGGAACAGUACGCCGAGUUUGAUUUGCUAUUCGUACUGCAGUCGUAAUAUUUAAGAUAAACAUGACCCCAACCCCAACCCCUUCUCUAACCCUAACCAAUAAAGGUCUAAUAAACUAUUUGAGAGUUAAAAAGUGGGGGGGAAAAAAUAUUCUAAGAAAAAUUUCUAAGUCAACAGACAACCGACGACUAAAACUAAACGCGGACCCGACCUUGUUUCACUUUGCACGCACGCAGCGCCUCUGCCGAUUGCGCUAGCGGCAAGCUCGCUAAAAUCUGUUGCAAAAAACUAUUUUAUAUUGCUAGUUUACGUAAUGUAAGAAUCAUAGAGAUUAUAAAUAAGUGUUAUUUAUAAUCUCUAUGGUAAGAAUCGGGUGCUAUAUUGUACGAAAUGGGUGCUAUAUUCCAGUACGAAUAGCCACUUCGUUAUUUAGUUAUAACAUCAUAAAGUUCUGGUCACGAUAUAUAGUGAUCGAUGUAUAUUUUUGCCUCGGGCAUAUCUUAUAAAGUUCAUACUUUGCCAAUAAUGUUUUAAAAAAAAGUAAUACGAGUGUUGAACACAAGUAUUGCAGUGCAAGUAAUAGGUGGCCAACAUACUCUGAUGGUCUGACCUUGUUCCUUUGGGGGUUACAUGGGCAAUUUUCAGCGUUGGCACACAGUGUUGAAGUGCCUUUAUUUUUGUCUGUUCUAUUUUUAAAUGUAACCACAGUCUUGCAGAAGUCAUAUAAUAGACUUGAACAACAUUUUAAAUAAACGAUUGUGACGUUUCUCUGAGUGUAUUCACACCGGGCAAGCGAAAAGUUUGCUUGACCGCUGUGGGAGUUGAACCGACGACCAGUGCGGACACACUCAGAGACCAGACUGCAGAGUAUGGCAGUUUUCGACGAGAUCUCGGGUGUGCAAGACAAAAAUUCAGGUGUGCAAGUGUGCAAUCCUCAGUUAAGGUAGUCAAGUGUGCACUCAGUUAAGGUAGUCAUGUUCUAAUGAUAUUAUUAAAACAAUGAUUGUUUAUUUGUACAAAUAACUAAAAUUUCUGCCUCUCAGGAAAACAAAACGUGGUCCAAAUUCUGACGAACAAACAAGAAUAUAUAUUUCGAUCGGAGUUAAAAGUCAUUAUGAACACGUACAAAAUAGCGUGUUUUUGACACACUUGGUGUCCUGUAAAAGGAAAAUGUGCAUGUCCUUGUAAUUGAGUUGUAAAUGGAAAAGUGUGCACUCGAAAAUGCCAUUUCCAACAAUGUAGGGACUCCAAAUUUCAAAACUUUUCCGCUCGGCGCCAACCAUGGUGGCGCCUCGAGGAAAUCGGACCAAUUAUAAGUUCUCUUGUGCCCAUGCUUACAUGCUAUAGAUAGAAAUUCGAAACUUUAAUGGACAUUUCCGCCCAUGAAUCAGCGUUCCCGAUUUUCAGGUGGUUGUUAUAUUACACUUGUCUUAGAAGUCCUUAUUUUAAUGCCUGACAAAACUGGAAAAUAUUUGAAAUAUGUUUAAGUGUGCAAUACCAUUGGCCAAAAAAAAUCUCGGGUGUGCACUUGCCGUACUCUGCAGUCUGGCUCAGAGAAACAGCAAUUGUAUGCCACCUGAGUACACAACAGCAGAAACACAAAUUCAGGAACAUUUUAAAUUCUUCGAAGAGGCAAAAUAGCUCAGUUUUGAGACUUGAUUCAGCUCGGGAUAAGUUUUCCCCAGUUACACAAUACCGGAUUUGCAUCGGAGCGAGUCGAGCGACAUCAUUCAUGUUUGACGUUUUUGACCAAUUUUGUUAUAUUAUCAUAAUUUUGAGUGCUUAAAACUCCCCUUGAAACUGUAAAAUUUUAUGUCGCUCUGAUGUGAAUCCAGUAUUGUGUAACUGAGGCCUUAGUGACUGACCAAUUGUUCUACAAUUGGAAAUUACAGAUUAUUUGUGCAACAAUCUACUCUAUACUGAUUAUGUAAUGAUGUCAUAAUAACAGUCGAACGAGUAAAGAUGAUGUUAUUCAUUUUGAUUUUUUAACCAUAAUUUUCAUGUUAAUUGCAAGCAAAUUUUGUUAAUUGAAACUAUAAAUGGCAUGUUUAGCACAUUAGUUUCAUCACAGCAACAUAUUGCGUUAAAAUGCAAUGUGUAUCAACAUGCAACAUUUAUAAUUUUUAAAGUGUGUAUUUUCUCAACUAUUUUCUCAAAUUGGCUGGAUAGUGAUGCCGAUUAAUCAUUAAGCCUAGUUCUCAUUCAUCGCAAACCGUCAGCGAUGGGAGCUUUGCGAGUCACGUCCGCGACCGCUUGCCAUUUAAGAGAACACAUCAAAAAUUAUAUCGCCGAUUGUCCGUAAUCGUUGCCGACCAUCGGCGAUGACAUCGCAGGAAACAAAAAAGUUUGUUUCUUGCGACCAUCGCCGACUGCCACCUGCUUGAAAAAUCUAUGAGAAAUGAGUAAAAGUUGUUUUUUCCUCAACAAGCAAGGAAAUAAUCAACUGAAGUUUGACAGAAAUCAUGAAGUUUACAUUGAAUGGGGCCAUUUUGUGCAUUGGUUGGACAUUUCGAAACACAUCAGCUGUCAUCUGCGACGAUCACCAAUGUAUGAGAACUUUCGUGCAUUCACACUCGGCAAGUAUCGGCGAUAAGCGUCGCCGAUCGUUGGUGACAGUUUGCAAUGAAUGAGAACUAGGCUUUACUGAGAUUUCAUUCCCAUUUGAACUGACAUUCAAAUUCAACCUGGGCUGACAUUUUGCCAUGUAAUUGAGUUAACUAGGUUGAAAUUCAGCCCAGGCAGAAUUAUGUAAUCAACCCUUUAGUAAUACAGUUAUAUUUUAGGUAGAUAGAUAUGGUAAACCUCCCACUAUAAGCCCUGGGCUUAUAUUCUUUCGUAAGCAAUUUUUGAUGGGCUUAUACAAGGGGAGAGGCUUAUAUACGGGGGCUUAUACAUGGAAGAUCUUUUGUGUUGGUGUAUUAAAUUGUGAUAAACAAGUAUAGUAAUAGUGAUAAACAAGUGUUAAGCAUAGUAAUAAAUAGUGAUUAAUAGUGGUAAUAGUGAUAAACAAUAGUGAUAUAAACAAGUGGUCUUGUAAUUGAGUGGGCUUAUAUUCGGGGGGGACUUAUAUUCGGGGGGGGGGGGUAGAUAGUUUAAUGAGUCACUUUUUGCAGUACAAUUGUUGAUUACAAUUGUUCAGAAUAAUUAACUAGGUAAAAUUUUAUUACAUUUAAGAUUAUAUUUUAUUUUAAUUAUAUUUUAUUUUAAUUUAAAAAUUAUAUUUUUAUAGUUUAUCUUGGCUUGUCUCUUUUCUUUAGACAAUGAUUUUGAUGUGUCUAUAAAAACCAUCAAUGGAAAAAUUUAUGUAAAUUGGAAAACGUCAUCGCUUUGGCAAAACACUACAGUUUAUUUUUUGAGUAGCCUCCAUGAUGACAUAACCAAUGCAUCUCAUGCAGUGAAUGUAACCGUGUGCCAUGCAUUCAAAGACGACAAAAAUUCCUGGAAAAUUGAACCUGUUCAAGGAAAUUUAUUAGAAUUGUGUAACAGGAGCAGAAAAUGUGGGCCUGUUAAUGCUGACGACUUGAUAGUUCGAGCUACGUUGACCCAAGAAUUAUCGUGUCAACUUUUUACUACAUGUACUAAUUUUGAAGAUGUUUUUCGCAUCCAAGUCGUGUCGAUUGGUGGAGGAAGGGAAUAUAGUUUUCAAAGUGGAAACAUGACUAUACUUUCUGAAAGUAAGUUUAGUACAUAUAAAGUAUUACAGCAGUAGAUGUACUAUCCAGUAGUCAUCAUUUUGAGAUCAGUGAUAGUAUCCAGUCCUUAAUUUUGAGAUCAGUAAUUGCAGCAGAUGCACUAUCCAGGCUAGUUUUGAGAUCAGCAAUAGCGAUAGCUGCACUAUCCAGUCCUAAUUUUGAGAUCUGAGAUAGCAGCAGAUGCAUUAUCCAGUCCUAAUUUUGAGAUCAGUAAUUGCAGCAGAUGCACUAUCCAGGCUAGUUUUGAGAUCAGUAAUAGCGGCAGCUGCAUUAUCCAGUCCUAAUUUUGAGAUCAGUAAUUGUAGCAGAUGCACAAUCCAGGCUAGUUUUGAGAUUCAGUAAUAGUGGCAGCUGCACUAUCCAGUCCUAAUUUUGAGAUCUGAGAUAGCAGCAGAUGCAUUGUCCAGUCCUAAUUUUGAGAUCAGUAAUAGCAGCAGGUGCACCAUCCAGUCCUCACUUUGAGAUCAGUGAUAAUAUCCAAUCUAUCCAGUUAUCAGUUUCAAAUUAUUGAUAAUAUCCAGAGGAUAAUAUCCAGUCUUAAUUAAUAUUGAGAUCAUUAAUAGCAGCAGAUGUGCUAUCCAGUCCUGACUUUGAGAUCAGUGACUCCAAUACAUGCGUUAAUACUCAUAGAGAAUAUAAAUAAAGCUAGAGGAGGCAAGGGUUCGAAAUUUGCAGGGGUCGAAAUUUAAUUUUUUUUGUACUGUACAGCCAGAAUAGUAGAUUUUUAUAUUUACUAUUCCGUCUGAAGAUCCACUAUUCCUUAAUGUACUGUUUCUGAUUUUCAUGAAAUCAUCCUUGAGAUACCUAAAGUGAACUGAAUAAUUGAAUAACAAAAAAUAAACAUGUACAGUCAGUGCUGAACAAAUUAUUAAUAAAAAACAAAGUUCAAACACCGAAAUGAACUUGCGAACUUUGUUGCGAAGUUCGCGCCCAAUUUCCGAACUUGGAAACAUAAUUGGCAAGUUCGCAACGAACUUGGGAACCGCGCGUUGAAAAGUGACUUGAAAUCGACAAUAAUGCUGCAAAGAAAUUAGAAUACGCAAGUACAGCAAGCGAAGUAGCUAAGUCGGGUAUAAAGUGAUAUAUUAUAAGAUCAGGAAAACCCUUGCUUGUCGAUAUUUGGUACCACAAUUUUUUCUACUAUAUAAACGGAAUACUGUGAUCAUGAAGUUUACUAUUCCGUCACGCAUUUUAGUAUAUUCGGAAUAGCGGGAAUUUCGACCCCUGAUUUGCAGUAUCUUAGGGCGCUUUCCAUUAACACGGCCAGACCGGUCAGAACGGUCAAAUUUUUGAAUGGAACACAAAACAUUUGGGCUUCGGACUUACUGACCAGAAAAUUUAGAUAACAUUAGAAUGAGGUCCAUUUUCGCUAGAUAUUUGAGAAACAUAGACCAGAUAUUUCCAUUGGUACAGAGAAAUUAAAGAAUUUGGGUCUGACCAGUCAAGCCAUUAAAUGGAAAGCGCCCCUAGUAUCCUGACGAUACCACUUUUCAAUUUUGAAUAUCAGAUGUUAAAACCUUGGUAUCCGAUCCCGCCUGGAUACCAAAGAAAUUGUUGGUGUACAUACCGAAACCUUUAACUAUUACAUGUAUUGUAUUAACUUCCUGUUCAAGCAUUGCAAUUUGCUUCAAAACAGGAAACAUAUUUCCAUUACUACCGUUCUACUUAUUUUGUCAUGAAGUACAAUAAAAUACCUUUGGUUAGUCAUUAGUCAAUAUGUUUUUGUACAGUUUUAUGAUAUAUGAUGAUUCCAAAUAUUAGCCAGCAUACUGUCUGUAUUCUUGCAUUCACUAUUCUCUAAUCGUAUCAAAGUUGGAUACAAGUUUUUCAGUUUGGAUACCAAUUUUGAAGUGCUGGUAUCCUUUAAUGGAUACCACCGGAAAAUUCUAAUUUCAAACCCUGGAGGAGGCAUAGAGGUUAAAAAUUGGGAACACUGCUAAAUUUGGGGGACAAAUUCAAGUCCCGGAUAUAAAAUCUCAUUGGCUGAUUUGAAACUCCUCACCAAUGCACAUCCGGGACUAAUGAUUUCCCCUCUCUCCUCCGCAGAGGCUUUUCCUUCGCCUUUCCCUUUGCCGCUUGCGCUCCUUCGCCCAGCGGCUACGCUCGUGUUCCAAGAUCCGCCAUGUAGAGUGUAGUGAAAUGUAUCUCAUCGUAAUAUUAAAUCCUAAGAAAACUAAAGCCUCUGCGGAGGAGAGAGUGAUUUCCCCCAAUAGCCGCGUUCCCUUUUUUGACUGAAUUAAGAUUACAAUGCCUGACCUCUUGUGUUAUUUAUAAUUUAAUACUCCCAUCCAGAAAGUAUGUCACUUUGGGUAUGGGAGCCUUGUAUUCUUGUAUUGUGACAUUAGUUAAAGCCUAACUUCCAAUCAACUUUCUGGAAGCGACUGACUAUAACCCAUAGAAGCUUUAACCGUAACCUGACCCAACUUUUUAAAACUUGUUAUUUUCAGAUAUUCCACCAUUUUAUAAAGUUCUAUCUACCAGUUAUGGGUUGCCGGACAAUACUCCCAUAACACUCAGGAUCAUUUAUUUUGACCCGUCCGAACUUUGUGGAUUUGGUGCAAAGCCAACAGAUAAUCUUCAGUUUGUUAUCCAACACUACAAAGAGUAUGAUUCGAAAUGUUUUUAUCUGGGUCAGGUAAGUGGCCUUUGUGAAUGUCAGACACUAUUCAAUAUCAUGUGAUCAUACAAUAAUCAACCAAUUAAAAGACUAGUCGUUCACACUUACGCCAGAGCAAAAUUGUUUGCAAACAUCUCUUUUGCCUUAACAUGCAAUUUGAGCAUGGUUUCUAAACGAAACGAGAUAAAAACGGCGCGCUUGGCAGCUUCGUGUGAACACAAAUGCCGUUACUUUUUUUAACCGCUUGCAAACCAAGCAUCUUGAGCUCUCAAAACAGUAAAAUCGAAUGCUUUUCGUUUAAAUUUCUUUGCUCUAUAUGAAAUAUUUUGGGUUUACAUGAGUGCUAAUUUAUGGCAAUGGCACAAUGACUGUAAUGGCACAAUGUGAAUACACAUAAAUUCUCUUGGCGUUAUUUUGCUCAAGUGUAGUGUGAACAUACGUUGACAGGAAAUUUUUGGUCUGCGAAGCCUGCUGCCCGGAAGAAAAAUAUUUUAUCAAGGCUUGAGCAUCACCUCCGGUGAAAUGGCGGACUGUGAUUCUGGGAACGAGACGAGUCUCUACAGCCCAACCAGUGAUGAGCGGCACUCAUCUAUAUUCGGGUGGGCUUAUAUUCGGAGGUUUACCGCAUUGAAAAUUUGAAAAUUAUAAUUUAAUUUGUUAUUAAGAGGAGAUUUUUUUGUAUGUUACGUAACACGCGCUCAAAACUAAUGCGUAUAAUAUAUCGCUUGAGGUUAUGACUAAAUUCAAAAUUUUUAUUUUUCGAUACGUUUCUCAAUCGGCAAACAAACUUAAAAAGUGUGUUUAGUGCUUUAUCUGUAAAAUAAUGUCAAAAUGAAGAGAUUUUAGAUGAUACGCCAAAGAGAAAAUGAUGUCUGAAGUUCAGUAUAAAUAAGUUCAGUUUCAAGUAUAAAUGCCUAUAUAUAAAUGCCAUCUUUACAGAGAAAUAUCAGACCUCGGUCUUUUUGUACAAACCUCGCUCUACAGGCUCGGUCUGUAGUCUGUACAAAAAAUACCUCGGUCCAAUAUUGGAAAAACCACUUCAGGGGUUAGCGGUUAGGGGUUAUAGGAUUGCUCAGGUAUAUACCUAGCAUGGAUACUACAAACUAAUCGAACUUCAGCGCGCUAUUGUAUCUGAAUUACUCUGCGUAUGAAAGAGUUUUUUUCACAUCCAGAAAGAUCAGGCUUUUAGCUGGACUCUUAGUGGUCUCUCCUUUAAUAGAUCAUAGCGCUCAACCAAUAAAAGCACUUGAAUUUUAUAUAGAAAUGAAUAGAUAAGUUUAUCACGAAUAGGAAAUUUUCAAUUUUAGAAAACCGCGCCGUACACUGACAAGACAACAGAAGUGAACUUCAAUGAUGUAAUAAUCAGAAAGACAGAAGUUCUAUAUUUUGACUACGCAGUGAAAUCUUUGGCAAGUAACAAGACGACAUCUUCGCAACGGUUGAAAUUUAUGACUGAUCGAACUUCAUGUAAGUUAAAAGAUAAAGACUAUUUAAGGAUAGGUACAUUAAGGGCAAAUAGGUAGAUCUUGGAUUUUGAGAGGCCCGAUGUUUAUAACCUGCAGAAUCGUUCACAGAGAGCUUUUGAGAUUGAAACCUGUUGCGAAAAUUUUAUUUACAACAAUAUAUUCACGUGAACAGAGCAAUAACACUCAAUCUGCUUCUAAGGUGGUGAACCAGCCCGGGUAAUUGCAUUUAUAUGGAAAAUGCCAGGGAUGGAUCCAGCAUGAUCUGAUAGGGAGGGUAAAAAAUAGCCAGGGUGUUAGCCAGAAGUAAAAAAAAUCCGCGUUUACCUGAAAUUGGGAAAUUUAUUUUAGCCUGAAGCCGGGCAUUUCUUUGUGGGUCUGGGGGCAUGCGGUUGCCCCCUCUCGAUUUUUAAAAUUUUAUGUCUUUGAAAUGGCAUUUCCCGCAUUUCGGGAGAAAUUUUGAGCAAAUGUAGUUAUAAACAUGUUUUUAAUGGCGUGUUGACAACAUUGAAUUUCUAUAAAUCUUUUUUGGCUGACCCAAAUUGGGAAAUUGCGACCUCAAGGGAAAAAGCUGUUAUCGUAAUUGAAUACGUCUAUGCUACAGACCAGCGGUUUCUGCAUUAUUUUAACAUCGAGACGAGGCCAUAGGGUCAUGUUUUGUGUUUUUUACCCUUUAGCCUCGUUUUCGUGAGUACUUCCACUGAGAUACCGCUGGUAUUCCGCAGCGGCGUAUUCAAUUACGAUAACAGCUAUUGGGAAAACCGAGUUUAACGCGGAAUUUUUUACUGUAGCUAACACCCUGAUAGCAUAUAUCAUGAAAAAUAGCACACACCCCUCUGCACUCUCUCUGGCCAGGGCUGGAGGGGCACCCCCCACUCCCCCCCCACUCCCCCCAGUAAAUCCAUUCUUGGAAAAGGCCCAGUUACCCAAGGUCUCCAGUCAGUCGAGAUGCGAUCUUGCCAAUAGGCGGUCCAGCUCAGUUCCCAUAUUAAUGCAAAAUGAAAUUUAGUAGGAAAUAGUGCAACAGGCGGGAACUCGCCUAAACUGGCCAGCUCAGGGUACCCGGGCUAGCUCUCAGGCUCGCCCCAUUUAAACAGCCCCUAAUACUGUGCUGUUUUUACCACAUUAAAAGUAAUUUCUGUUUUUCAUUGUAAAGCUACGAAAUGCAGUAUUAUUGGUGGGGUUACAUAUAUAUCAUGGAGACCGCAAUGGAACUGUUUUGACGAGAAUAUAAUCGAACAAGCACAAUUCUGUUUCUACGAUGGUCCGUGUUUCCCUGUGUGUGAAGCUUCGUUUUUCGCGAAUGGAACUUUUCGUGCAGCACGAACUUACGAGGAUGAAAUCAUUAACGUUUGCCGCAAACGAGACGACUGCAAGUUUAUAUCCGAUCAAGAUUCUACUAAAAUUAACAAUGUUUCUAAUAAAUUUAUCAAUGUUUUGUGGUCACCUGAAACUCGGAGAAUAACUUGUGCUUUGUUCAGGACUUGUAUGCAUUAUACUUACACAUUUUCAGUCAAGGCAUUCUCAUUCAAUGAUGGAAGAGAGAGGAUACUAGAUAAUGUUGACGUCUGCCGUGAAAACACCAGUCCCAUUGAUAACAGUACGUUCUAAAUAGUCCAGUUCAUUAGUUCGGUCCCAAGACAGGGCAUUUUAGCUUAAGGAGGAUUUAUAAUUCUUCUUUAAUUGCUGGAAAAAGGGCACUUUUAUUCCACAAAAAAAGCACAUUUUCUCUGUGUGUGUGUGGGGGGGGGGGGCACCUGCGCCCAAUGCCCCCCGGUUCCGCGGCCUCUGAAUACUAUCAAAACUGUUAAAGUGGUAAAUAGGUCCCUCGAGAUUUGCAUGCAUGAAAUUGAAUGAACUUCUUAAAGCUUAAUCUGCAAUGUUCUAUUGGAAAUGGCACUUUUAUGAUCGAGAAAAUUAUCUUUAGAGCUCUUUAAAAGUAGCAUUUUUUGACUCUUUGAAGGUGUGACUCUUUGAAGGUAUAGAGUCGACAACAUUAUACCUCGACGAUUAAAUUAGUCUGGCAUUAGACAGUAAAAUAAAAAAGUAAGGCCGAACAAAAAAGCUGUUGGUUUCUUUUUUUUACAAAAAUGUAGUUCUGUUUAGCAUUAUAGUUCUCUUAAUCGUUAUUGAUCUUAAGUUACAAUUAUUAACAAAAUAUUAACAAAAUGAAUAAUCACAAGAGUCACGAAUUUAUCUACAUAGCAAUUUUUAAAUCUAUUAGAUUUAAUUUUAGGAUAUGGAUACAGCUUCGUCUUCUAAGGUUGUAAUUUGUUGACUAGUACUGUGGUAGAAACUCUUUUUUUUAACCGAAUUGUCUUUCUAUGGAACAAUCUCUCUCCGAUCAUUCGUAACAGUUUUCUAAAUGCCGUUCUUUCAACCUAAGUUUUUGCUCAUAAUCUUAACCGAUUAAUUUUUAUAUUGAUUGUGUAAAUAGUGUCCUAGUCCUUGUCUUUAAUGUAUGUCUAUCUAAUGUUUUGUAUUAGGUUGGUCUUCACAUGGGACCAUGGGCGUACCGGAAGGAAAAAAUUAGGGGGGCGGAAAGAAAAUUGCCCAACUUUUCGGGAUUCUGCCCGACUAGUACCAAAAAUUUUUUUCCGGAAAAAUUAUUUUGGCGACUUCCCCCCCCCGUCGCCAAAAAAUUUCAGUCAGUGUACCAUUUUAGGGGUCAAAAAAUUUUUCCGGACAGCCAAUAUUUUUCGGAACAUAACACAAAUUUUCGAAAAAUCACAAAAUUUGCCAAAAAAUGACUUAAUUUUAGACAAAAUUGACAGAAUUUGCCCCGUUUUUUUUAUUGCAAACCAAAAUUGCCCGACUGUUGAUCGAAUAUUGCCCGACUGCUCAAAAAACUGGGGGGGGGGGGCUACCGCCCCCGCCCGGUACGCCUAUGCAUGGGACUCAUGUCCUGUUGACCAUACCUUCAGUCAUUGCUUUUCUUUUUUAUGAUAGUAGAGUUAAUAAAGACUUUUGCCUUCAACAAAGUCAAGUGCAAAAAACAUCUUUUAAAGUAACGCUGUGAUUUUAUAUAUUUAUACUAGAUCAACCAGCCGUUCCACAUGGCGUUCAUGCAAUUGAUAUCCAGGCGAACCAGGUUACAAUCACGUGGAAAUCCCCAAGAUGUGAGCUGGAGGUUCUAGGAUGUGAAGUGCAUGUGAUUUUUAAUGGCGAGAAAACUGAGGUGUGUAAAUGCAUGGUAUGGUAUGGUAUGGUAUGGUAUGGUAUGGUAUGGUGAGGUAAUGGUAUGGUGUGGUAAUGGUGUGGUAUGAUAUAGUAUGGUGUGAUAUGGUGUUGUAUGGUAUGGUGUGGUAGAUAUGGUAUGGUGUGAUAUGGUGUUGUAUGGUAUGGUAUGGUGUGGUAUGGUAUGGUAUGGUGAGGUAAUGGUAUGGUGUGGUAUAGUAUGGUGUGGUGUGGUAUCGUGUGGUGUGGUAUCGUGUGGUAUCGUGUGGUAUGGUAUGGUAUGGUAUGGUGUGGUGUGAUUGUCGGAACUAAUGUAAACAUUAACAGCAGACGCUAUACUAAUCAACUAACAUAAAUAAUAUAGUUCAUGUUUAUUAUACUAACCUAAUUACUAAUCACCGGAAGUGACGGCGCUAAUUCAUUGUUUGGUUUAGCCAAUAGACAGAGACUUUUUACAUGUGCUUUAUGGGGGAAUAUAUUUUUUAUUGGGAUCGGAAAAUUUGUAGUUUUUACUUGUGAGAAAAAUAUGAGAGAGAAAUUGUGAUUUUAAACUGUGAUUAGCUCUGUUUCAUGUGAUCAUUGUUUGGGCGACGGGCAAUAGUUCCUAUAUGGUGUGGUGUGUGGUAUGGUAUGGUAUUCCUGCACUGCUAACGCCUGGCUCCAUAUGGUCGUAAUUGUCGCGAACGUGUUGUAACUAAGUAGUGUUCAAAAACGUGUCGUUUUAAUUCCAACAGAAAAACGACACCGUGGCAACAGUUUUGCAACAAUCAAGGGGGGGGGGGAUGGUCCCCUUUGGGGGACCGUCAGGGUGUUCACUGCCCUUGAAAAUCCUGGAAAGUUCUUGAAUUGGAAAAACAAAAUUCCAGUACUGGAAAGUCCUUGAAAAUCCUGGAAUUAAUUUCCUUAACCUCCAGUUGUGCCAACAUCAGUGACUAUUUAUUUUAAUUUUGGGAUAGGUAGUAGGACCUCUAUAUGCGUCUGAGAUCUCUCGUUUGUGACUUAGUUAUAAGCAUUAUUUAUUUAAUGGAUUUCUUAUAUUUUCAAUGGGGUCUGAAAAGUAGACCAUGCUGUGAAAUAUUGUAUAUUAGGCGCAUAUAAUGCGUGUUCUGUUUGGUGUCUUUUGUAUGUAAAUUCAUUGGAGAAGUCCCCCCCCCCCUUACACGCUACAGACAAUAGUACUUUACUUUUACUUUGUACUUCAAGUAUUUUUUAAGGAUACUUUGUACUUUUUACUUAAGUACGUUUUACCUCCAGUACUUAGUUUUUACUCUUACUCAAGUCGUUUUAUUGUUAAUCACUUUCUACUUUUACUCGAGUACAAAUUCAAAGUUUCUUAGGCACCACUGGUUGCAACCAUAUAGAGACCAGUCUUAAGGACGACAAAUAGAUCAUUAUCAUUUCUUUAGAAACACAAGGAUCUCGGCACCGAUGGGUUAAACAACAUAUACGAAUUCACAAAGAAAAACCUUCCUCCGUUUGAAAAAGCGACGUUCCAGGUUUUAACUGAAUGUUUUGCAGGCAGUCGUAUUGGUGUAAGGUCGCCUUUGCAAACAGUAACUACGAAACCAUCAGGUAUGCAGAAGAAUGGACCAAUAGACAACUUGCAUGUUAGACUAAUUUUUGAUUUAGGAAAAAAAAAGUAAAUUCCCGUAAAGAACUUAUUAAAGUCAGUAAAAUUGAAAAAUUUGGUUACGAAAUGUUAUAAAAUACAGAAAAUAUAGCCUUGCGAAGUUUGCAUAUUUUCAGUAUGUUUGUAUUACGUGCGGAAAUUGUUACCAUUUUUGAGCCGAAAAUGGUAACAAUUUCCACACGUAAUACAAAUUACUGAAAAUAUGCAAACUUCGCAAGGCUAUAUUUUCUGUAUUUUACAACAUUUCGCAACCAAAUUUUGCAAUUUUACUAAUUUCAUUAUUUUCUUUUUAACUGUUGUGUUUUAUUCCCUUCUCUUUACUUAGAUUAAAAUUUAGUCUAACAUGCAAGUUGUCCAUUGGUCAGGCAAUGACUGCGCCAGUUGGUCACUGACUCGCAUGGUGGGUGGUUUGGUUAGUCAGUUAGUUAAUACUUUAUAUAAAGAGGGAAAAAACAAUAUUUACAUAGUUACCACUAAGCAGGGCCCCCGAGAGGUGGGGCAGGGGUGGGCAAAUUGCCCCGGGUCCCCACCUUAAUAGUGCCCCAACUUGAGAGCCUUAAAUUCGUCCGAGCAUUUUUGAAAUUGAAGGCCCCUUACAGUAGCUGCACAUGCAGUCGAGCUAAUGUCUAGUUGGGCGACUGACUUGGGUCUACCUUAAAAAUAAUGAUGUCAUAGGGCCCCCAGAGAAGAUUUGCCCGGGCCCAGCAAAUUCUCUCGGAGGCCCUGCCACUAAGGUGUUCUUCCGGUACGUACAUUGUCAUAGGUGAGUUGUGUGCUUGAUUUAUACAGUACAACUCGAGUUGUAAACAGGUUGCAUGCGACAGUUUUAGGCAAACGUUGUGUAGUGUAAAUAUCGGCCUUUAGAACAACCUCGUAACAACUAUGAUAAUGCCAUCAAGCCUGUUACAAGUUGUCGACAGCUUAUUCCAAACUUGUUACAACAACUGGGAACAAGCAGUGCGAUCACAACUUUUCGACAGCUUGUGAACAGAUUUGUAACAACUUGUUUGCAGACCUGUAACAAUUUUCACGUGCGUAGGUAGAUUUUGUCCCAGUGUUGGUAACAUGCAUGCAUAUUACGCAGCCUAGACCUAGGCCUUUUAUACUCGGCUGGUAAUUAUCGCAAUGGUCAUUUGCCUCGUAAAGGCCUAGUAGAUUUCACAAGUUCUCAAAUUAGCCCCAUAACUUUGUGAACCGAAAUUGAUCAGAAACGAACAACUAAAGCAAUUUAUACUGUCCAGUAGUUAUUAAAUUAACUAUAAAAACAUUUUGUGACUAAACUAAGUUCUAUUUUGUAGUAAUAUUUUGACUCAUUUUGACCUAAUUCGCAACAUAAUAAUAGUGUUCCUUUUUUAAUUCAAACUUUAUGAUAAAAAACCCGAUUUUCUAGGCGUGUAUACAAAUAAAAAUAGUAAGUUUAUACUAUAAAUGAGUUUAUUUCACCUGUAUCGGUUUAAAUUCGCUGUUAAGUUGCAAAUAAUUAUGUUUGAGAACGCAACAAUUGGGCAUUUCGCAACCAGGGCAGUUUCAGGACAGUUUUGGCCUUGUUGUUGGGAAAUCCACUAGGCCUUCUAUUUUUUCGCUUGCGCAUCCUCCGCCCGCCCUCAAAUCACCUAGUCCCAGCCUUUUCAUGUGAAAAAGCGCUGAAUAUUAAAAAAAAAAAUAGAAGGCCUAGGUCUAGGGUGCAUAUUAGGAAGUUUCAGAACACUUCGACUCAGGUGUUUUUAUUUUUAGCUCCACAGUUCGCGCCAAAUUUGAUAACUAUUGAAAGUGUAGACAAAGCCAAAGGAUUGACGAACAUCCGACUAACUUGGGAGGUAUUGUAUGCUAUUUUGACUAUGAUCUAGUUUGUGCCAGUGUGGGUAGUGCUAGAAUAAGAAUGCUUUGGAUUGAUAGGGAUACAACUACCUGAAAAAUACAAGGAGAACUUUGGCGUUUCGAGCCCUUUUGUCGGGAAGUUAGUGUGUUGAUAAGAAUAGCCCUAACUAUACCUCGGGUCUCUGGAAGAACAGUUUAGAAAUGAUAGAGCUAUCCAGUAUAAAAUUAGAUCAAUAAUAGUUGAUCCUUACUGGACCUCUAGAGAGAACAGUUUAGAACUGAUAGAGCUAUCCAGUUUAAAUGAAGUUAGUUUAGUUCAGAUUUUAUCCUGUAUAGUAACACUGGAUCAAUAAGAGAUGAUCCUUACUGGACUCCUGGGAAGAACAGUUUCGAACUGAUAGAGCUAUCCAGUAUAAAUAAAGUUAGUUUAGUGUAGGUUUCCUCCUGUAGUAACACUGGAUCAAUAAGAGGUGAUCCUUACUGGACCUCUAGGGAGAACAGUUUAGAACUGAUAGAGCUAUCCAGUAUAAGUAAAGUUAGUUUAGUUUAGGUUUCCUCCUGUAGUAACAAUGGAUCAAUAAGAGAUGAUCUUUACUGGACCUCUAGGGAGAACAGUUUAGAACUGAUAGAGCUAUCCAGUAUAAAUAAAGUUAGUUUAGUUUAGGUUUUUCCUGUAGUAACAUUGGAUCAAUAAGAGAUGAUCCUUACUGGACCUCUAGGGAGAACAGUUUAGAACUGAUAGAGUUAUCCAGUAUAAAUAAAGUUAGUUUAGUUUAGGUUUUUCCUGUAGUAACAUUGGAUCAAUAAGAGAUGAUCCUUACUGGACCUCUAGGGAGAACAGUUUAGAACUGAUAGAGUUAUCCAGUACAAUUGAAGUUAGUUUAGUUCAGAUUUUUUCCUGUAGUUAUGUUGGAUUAGUAAGAGAUGAUCCUUACUGGACCCCUGGGAAGAAUAGUUGAGAACUGAUAGAGCUAUCCAAUAUUAAUAAAGUUAGGUUAGUUUAGGUUUCCUCCCGUAGUAACACUGGAUCAAUAAGAGAUGAAACCUCUAGAGAGAACAGUUUAGAACUGAUAGAGCUAUCCAGUAUAAAUAAAGUUAGUUUAUAGUUCGGGUUUCAUCCUGUAGUAACACUGGAUCAAUAAGAGAUGUUCCUUACUGGACCUCUAGGAAGGACAGCUUAGAACUGAUAGAGCUAUCCAGUAUAAAUAAAGUUAGUUUGCACAUUUGUAUUAACCCCCAUUUGAAAUAACCAUAAAGCAUCACGUAUAAAGUGAAUGUAUACAAUCACUAUAGUCAUUCCGAGAUGUUGCUUUGAAAAUAUUUUGACAGUAAAAAUGAGACGUACAGUCUGCCUUUUGCAAUGUAAAUACGUAAACCGCAUACGAUCUCCUGAUUUGGUUAGUUAUCUGUUUCAGUGAGUGUGCAUGGCAACUCUUAUAUGGCCGUACGACAGCACUUUCCUUACAAUGGUAACUCCAAGUUUAGUUUACAAAGUCCAUGCUUUUAUGUUUUUUAGUAUCGUGGGGGUGCUCAGUAUUUACACGGCGUUCCCAAUGAGACCAGAAUUAUAGGACUGGUGAACAAGACUGUUGUUGUUUAUGAAGAAACUAUCAAUAGUAGUGAAAAGACUACUACACUCACUGUCAAUCAAACACAGAGAUGUGCUUUUUACCAAGUCAAGAUUUGUAAUGCACCUGAUCUGUGCAGUAAUUACUCCAAUCCACCACGUCGAUUGCGAAAUUGCGAAAUAGGUAUGGAACAUUAUAGUUUGAUCUGGUAUGGUGUGGUAUAAAAAGGUAUGGUGUGUAGUGGUAUAGCGUGGUAUGGUAUUGUGCGGUGUUGUAUGGUGUGUAGUGGUAUGGUAUGGUAUGUUGUAGUGUAUGGUAUGGUAUAGUAUGGUAUGUUGAAGUGUAUGGUAUGGUAUGGUAUGUUGAAGUGUAUGGUAUGGUAUGGUAUGGUAUGUUGAAGUGUAUGGUAUGGUAUGGUAUGGUAUGUUGAAGUGCAUGGUAUGGUAUUUUGAAGGGUAGGGUAUGGUAUGGUAUGUUGAAGUGUAUGGUAUGGUAUGGUAUGUUGAAGUGUAUAUGGUAUGGUAUGGUAUGUUGAAGUGUAUGGUAUGGUAUGUUGUAGUGUAUGGUAUGGUAUGGUAUGGUAUGGUAUGGUAUGGUAUGUUGAAGUGUAUGGUAUGGUAUGGUAUGUUGAAGUGUAUGGUAUGGUAUGGUAUGUUGAAGUGUAUGGUAUGGUAUUUUGAAGUGUAUGGUAUGGUAUGGUAUGUUGAAGUGUAUGGUAUGGUAUGGUAUGUUGAAGUGUAUGGUAUGGUAUGUUGAAGUGUAUGGUAUGGUAUGGUAUGGUAUGGUAUGGUAUGGUUAGGUAAGCUGAACCAAAAUAUGGUAUAUUCAUGGUGUGGUACAGUAUGGUGUGUGGUAUGGUGUGUUAUCUUAUGAUGUGUGGCAAAGUAUGAUAUGGUAAUGUGAUGAUUAUGGUAGGGUGAUAUGAAAGUGAUUUAUAAUAUUCUACCCCUGAUCUUCAGUAGCAGGGUUAACUCACUUACUCAGAGCAGUAAAGGCCGUUCUCCACUAGGCGAAUUUAUUCGCGCGAACAGAUAAAAAGUAGGAAGCGAUCCUACUUUUUCGCCGCGAAUUUUUUCGCCGACCAAUCACGUUGCCGGAUUUCGGUUUUCGCUUCGCGUCGCGCGAAAAAAUUCGCCUAGUGGAAAACGGCCUUAAGGGUCAAGCACGUCUUCCUCGCGUGCUUUCUUGAUGAUUGUUCUUAUUCCUAGAAGCACCCACACCAGCCCCAGAAUCACCACCACCAUCAUCAAACGCUUUCUGGGUUGUCAUCAUUGCAGUUGUUACGAUUUUUAUCGUCCUAGUUGCUGUGUUAAUCACUACUUACGUCUAUUGCCAAAAGCGAAGGUGA